GUUAGUAGUACUAAUCAUUGGUAUUACUGUAACCGCCAACCGGUGUAGAAUAGGCGUGUUAAUUGUGAAUUUCUAUAAAUGCAUGUGUAUGUGUUCGAUUAGAUAUUUGCAGCGUCAGAAAAGUCAAAGCGCCUGCAUACGUGCAAGGUGCCUUUGAUGGAUCCGAUUAUUGGUUGGUUUCAACCUGAACAAGAAGGCCCUGCGAAAGAUUUGUGGAUACGAAUUUGGGAAACUCAAAAAGGAGUGGACAACAUGAAUCUUAUAGAUGUAAAUACGAGUUUAGGUACAAAAUCACAUGAUUACAUUCCAGUGGAUAGUACAACGAAUAGUGAUGAUCAACAUAUUCGUGUGACAGCGAACUGUAACAAUUAUUUUAAUCGUAAACGUAGGAAAAGAGAGAAUCGUGCUAGUACAUAUGGCAUGAACCAUAACCAAGCAACUCUUAUCGGCGAUCAUGGAGGUUGCCCUUGGAAGAAGCCGAAUAAAACAUACGGUAGAGGGGUAAUAGGCCUUCAUGAAGAGAUUGAAGAUUUCUAUAACUACAUGUGCCCCACGCCGGAGGAACAUGAAUUGCGUGUCAGUGUUGUUCGUCGUAUAGAAAAGGUUGUUCUUGGUUUAUGGCGAGAUGCGAAGGUUGAGAUCUUUGGAAGCUUCAGAACAGGGCUUUAUCUUCCUACAAGCUCCUGUUUCAGACUGCAGAGGCUCAGGUUUGCUUCCAGAGUAGUUGGAUUUAUAAUGGACAGAGUUGUGCUUCACUGCCAAGGUUUUCUGUGGUUAUUUGAUAUUGAUUUGGUUGUGAUUGGUAAGUGGGAAACAUUGCCACUUAGAACUCUUGAACAGUCUCUGUUGGAACAUGGCAUUGCAGAUCCUAGCACACUAAAAGUUUUGGACAAAGCCACAGUCCCUAUUGUAAAACUGACUGACAAGGCGUCUGAUGUGAAAGUGGACAUCAGUUUCAACAUGAGCAAUGGAGUAAAAUCAGCUGAACUUAUAAAAGAUUUCAAGCAACGGUUUCCAGUGCUGUCCAAACUUGUACUGGUACUUAAACAGUUUCUUCUUCAGCGAGACCUUAAUGAAGUGUUCACUGGAGGCAUUUCUUCUUAUAGCCUUAUACUGAUGACUAUCAGUUUCUUGCAGCUACAUCCAAGGCAGAAUGCUUUCUGUCCUGGAGCAAAUUUGGGCGUUCUUCUUAUAGAAUUUUUUGAACUUUAUGGAAGAAAGUUCAAUUAUAUGAAGACUGGGAUUCGAGUGAAGGAUGGAGGCACAUACAUAUCCAAAGAGGAGGUCCUGCGUGGUAUGAUUGAUGGUCAUCGCCCAUCACUGCUUUGUAUAGAAGAUCCUUUGACACCAGGAAAUGACAUCGGUCGUAGCUCAUAUGGUGCAUUACAAGUGAAACAAACUUUUGAAUAUGCCUACAUUGUUUUAACACAAGCAGUGAAUCCUCUAAACACCUUUAUAUAUGAUGCUAAUAAAUACAGUAUCUUGGGUCGUAUAAUCCGCGUGACAGAUGAAGUAAUUGACUACCGGGCAUGGAUACGUGAAACAUUCCCUGUCCCAUCAUACACAUCAGCCAUCACAAAUCAUGAUGAGGAUGAUUCUUUAUCAUCUUCUAGUGGUAGUGAGGCCUCAACCUUGGAAUCUGGAACUGGCAGUGACACAGAUUCUGAAAGCAGUCGAGGUUCAAACCGGUACGGUAGUGCUCUGUCAUCUGUGGGACUGUCAUCUGUUGCUACACAUACUUUCAUACCACCGAUGGCUCCCAAGGCGCCUUCCACACAACAGGGGUUUUCCAAAAAUGAAAGAUUUUAUGCAUCUCUAGUUCCUCACCACAACCCUCGUGGUACUUACCCCCAACACCAAAACAACAUAACAGAGAUCUCAACACACGCUAGUCCUAGCAAUAAUGUUUCUGGAAGAGGACGCCCAUUAAAACGCCAGAAAAGCAAUAUUUUGCGUAAAGGCGGAAUGUACUUAUUACGAUGAUAUCUGUUGUGUUUGAGAAUGGUACUGAUACAGAUGUGAUCAAUUUUGGCUCGAUCGCUUUGAUCACUAGAGCUGGUGAGUGAAGGGCGGUAGUGACUUCAGGGUCUUUGAGGCCCAGAGUGAAUGUGUGUGUUUGGUGUACGUGGAGGAAUUCAUGGGCAAACAGAAGGAGGAAAGUACCAGUAUACAGUUUUUGUUCUGUCUUUACUAAACAGCGUAUUCUGCUAAAAUUAAUUGCAUUUUUUAAUAUCAUGAAUGACAUAUGUUGUAUUCAAAUAACUGUUCUUUUGCAAUGCAUAAACAAACUUUAAAAAAAGUAAGAAAACCAAACAAAUGGCUGAAAAAAUAAGUUAUUUAAUGUAGUAAGACGAUGAAAUAAGGUUAAGUGUUUUUAUUACAGUUUAUUUAGAUGUUGGUGUGAUGUCAUGAACUUUGUAUCUCUGAAGCAGGUCGCAUUGACUUGAGGUUCCAGAAUGUGCAGUCCUGUGAGGUGCCAUUCUUAAUCAUUUUGUGUUCAUCAUGUAGCAUUACACUCAUCUUUUUUUUCAUUAGUUUGUCAUGUUUUCAGUUAUGAUUUUCCACCCACCUUCAGCUGAAGGAUUGCAUCAGCUUUUUUAAAUGUCGAUAAAUUUUGAUUUUUAAAUUAUGUUUAGAGGUUUUAUGAAGUGUAAAAUGUCAUAUUUUUCAAUAAAAAAACAUGUAACAUGCAAACAGUUUCAGCCAUUUUAGGUGACAUGCAGUUCAAAAUUUAUGAUGCUAGUGUCAAUUAGCAAUAUGCAGCUGUAGCAGGUUGCAAAGAAGAACUCCAGUUCACUCAAACAUGCAAAUCCAUGGCUAUCAAGGGUUCUUUGUUGCUGAGGAGGAACUAUAUGUGUAUGGUAUUUUAAGCUUGAAGAGACUGGAAUAUCUUCUCGACAUCACGUUUACUGUUAUUUAUGACACUCUUGUAUUUUAUUAUUUGUUGUCCAGUGCCAUGUAACUGUUUUUAAAACUUUUAUUUUUAAGCAGUAUACAUGCUUUUGUUUUAAGAAAGUGUGAUACGCAUUUCAGAAUGAAAGUUCUAACCUAAGUUAAAAUUCAUAAAAGGAUUUUGGCUCAUAAACUUCCUUUCUUUUUGUGUAUGCAUGAGCCAUUUUCUCAGUACUCAUAUUUUACAUUCAGAUUUGAUUGUAGCCAGUUUAUUAUAAAAAAAAAUUUCUCAGAAUAAAUAUACUUUAUAAAUUCUGA